AUGGAUGGUGUUGUAGCAAAUUCGGAAGGAAUGGAAUGUUAUGCAGCAUCAGGAGCAGCAGCAGCAGCGGCAGCAGCAGCAGCAGCAGCAGCAGCAGCAGCAGCAGCAGCAGCAGCAGCAGCAGCAGCAGCAGCAGCAGCAGCAGCAGCAGCAGCAGCAGCAGCAGCAGCAGCAGCAGCAGCAGCAGCAGCAGCAGCAGCAGCAGCAGCAGCAGCAGCAGCAGCAGCAGAGGCUAAGGAGUGGAACAAUCUAAUGCAAGCCAUGGAUGUGGAUGCACCCCCUACUAAAAUCCCAUAUAUGCACCUAGGUGACGGUCAUCUUGAUAACUCUUUCCAUAACCCCCACUGUAACCCUCCCAGAAACUCCCUCAGCAACCCUCUCAGCAGCAUCAGCCCCAUCAGCCCAACAGACAUGGAAAGCUUGGGGGAGGCGCCAGGGGCGACGGAUGAGAUUCCUUUCAACGUCUCAGGUCUCACUGGUGAAUUUGCUGGGCACAGCAACAGCAAUGUCUCAGAUUUUCCGCUCCUGCCCUGGGAGAUAUUUUCCUGGGACUCAGCAGAAGAUGUGGUUUUGGAUUAUACUCACGGCCUUGCCACUCCUGCUCCUGCUGUUGCGGAUGGCGCUGGCGCUGCUGCUGGUGAAAAGGAAGGGGCUCGUGCCUGUUCUGUGACAGGGCAACAGGAGCCACACCAGCAGAAGCUGCAGCAGCUGGAAGAUCAAAGGCGUACUCAGCAGUCUAGCAUCUUGAAAUUGCAGGGAGCAACAGAACUGGCUUCUAAGAGGAAUGGCUCUAUCAGCCAUAACCACACCUGUCAGGCGUCGCCGAUCUCCUCUCAUGCAAUGUCUUCUCUUACUGGUGCCGUUAACCACCUGUCGGGUUCCAUUGUCCCUGGUCCUAUCACUGGCACGUCCCGUAACAGGCUCCUUGCGACUCUCAACGCGGCAAUGCAGCACAACAGGCGGAUUCUGGAGAGGCACCAACAGCGCCUGCUUAACCACACCAGGGAGUCUGGUUACCGGGCAGAUGGGUCGCCGGUCAAACACAAGAGAAGUCGCAAGGGUCAAGAUGGGUGUUACUUCAUGGAGCAUGAUAAGGAGCAUGUAUCGAGUAUGAAUUCACGGCUCAUGCAUGGGUCUGAGGCUGAGAGGAGCCAUGGAGUCGCAGAGAGCAUUGCAGCUGGAGGAGAUGAUGCUAUGCUCAGACAAGCCAGUCAAUGCUCCAGAGUUACCAGUGGGGAUCAGCCCAUGGCUGGACUCUUCAGUAGGCAAGCAGGGACAACUCCUCAAGGCUCAUUUCCGGAGUGA